AAUGGGUAAAAAUGGAUUUGGAUCAGAGAAAAGACUUUUUGACAGAAUUAAUGGAACACGUGCGUUUGCCAAUAAUAGCAUCUAGACCUGAUGUAUUAUUAAACAUAGUAAACGAACCUCUUCUAAAGAAUAAUCCUAAAUGUAUUGGAUAUGUAAUUGAAGCAUACCAUUUCAAUCUACAAAAAUCUGCUCAGAAUUUCACCAUUCCACAAACAAUUCGUUGUAAGCCCAGGCAGUUUGGUGACUCACAUAAAGUUAUUUUAAUGUUCAACCGGUCUGAUACAUCACCAAUGUGCUAUACAGAAUGGUAUGACCCAGCAACCAAACUACGUGAGAAAGCACCAGGAAUAAAUGAUGGUCGUCAGUUUGCUGGUCUAGGCGUAAUUAGAGAUCAAUUUGUGUUUGCUGUGGGAGGUGUGAAUAAUUCAUGUUCACAAUCUGUUAGUAUGCUUGAUGUAUCUUCUCAAUCGCCCUCUUGGGUUCCAAUGGCCGACCUGGUAGUUAAACGAGAUCGAUUAGGUGUUGGUGUAUUGGAUGAUUGUAUAUAUGCAGUUGGUGGAGGAAAUCACAAAAAUUCAUUAAAUAGUGUUGAGGUUUUUGAUGUCAGUAUUCAAAAAUGGAGGUUGGUAGCUAGUAUGUCUACUGAAAGAUAUGGUUUGGGUGUUGGUGUACUCAAUAAUCGUUUAUAUGCGGUGAAUAUUUAUAUUAUUUCUUUAUUUAUAAUUUGUAAUCAGGGCUUAAAACUGGUAACUGGUUUGUAACGAUUACCGUUAAAAACCGUAAAUUUGAGAACCAAAAACCGAUAACCGCUUUUAGUUUUGGAAUGCUGGAAGCGGUUAUUGGUUUUCGGUAAUCAAGGUAAAUAUCUAAAUUUU